AUGCAUAAUUUCCAGAAACCGGAAAACGCCCUAAAAAGGGCAGCCGAGCUAAGAGCUAUCGGCCAAAGCGAAGAGGCACUUCAAAUACUUCAUUCUGCAAUCGGACAUCGAUCAUUCAGAAUACAAGGAUGGGACAUGGUACAGGAACAGAUUAUGAUGGAAUACGUGGCACUAUGUAUUGCCCAAGACAAGCUACGUAUGGCCAGAGAUGGGCUACAUCAAUACCGAUUAGUUGCACAGCACGCUAAUGCCACAUCACUUGGCAAGGUCGUUGUAGAGUUACUUGACCAUGCAGAGGAACGACUAAGGAAAAUCAAGGCAGAAGUAGAAGCUGAUGCGACAAAAGCUGAAGAACUUGAAAGGGCUAGAAUUGCAGGUGGUUUUGACAAUGAAUAUGGAGAGGCACCGGAGGAGAUCAUGGCAUUCACACUACAACUGGAAGUCAGGGAUGCCACCGCAAGGUCAUUGCAAAAUGUAUUCAGGUUCUUAUGGGAGACAUAUAAGAUGAUCCUUGAUAUUAUGCGUGCAACACCCAAGUUGGAGAAAGUAUACCAUGACACGGCACGCAAAGCCAUACAAUUCUGCAAAGAUAACGGUCGUUUGUCAGAGUUCAAAAGACUAUGCGAAGUUCUACGUGCGCAUAACACAUUCCUUAUGAAGGUUAAACAUAAACCAGAAAUGGAAUGUAUGCUUAAGCCAGAACUUCACAUUGAAACAAGAAUCAACCAACUUAUAGCAGCAUGUGACAUGUCACUAUGGAAGGAAGCCUUCAAUACAGUGGAGGAUCUCUAUAUGUUGGGUAUUCGCGAUUACAUCGCUAAAACAUUCCAAGGAUCAGUGUCAGUACUUGGCCAGCAGAGGGAAAAGUUACUUAAGUGGCUUGCCAUUUUUUACGAAAAACUCGCACUCAUCUUCUUGGUAUCAGACCAACAUCUGUUCCAUGCACUGGCGGUGCUGAGAUAUGUCAUGCACAUUAGGAUGUACAAGAAGAAGGUAGCGCCAGAAGACGUGCAGUACCUCUGCUCUAAAGCAGUUCUUGCCGUGUUAGCUGUACCAACUCACACCAAGAGCGGACCAGAUGGUAGCGACCUGAUGUCUUCAUCGUCGGCAUCGGUAUACGAGAUGCAGAAACGUAUGGCAUCACUAUUAGGGUACAAUACAAUACCCACAAGAGAUACGUUGCACUACGCACUCACAAUGAAAAACAUAUUACCCAUGGCAGACGAGAACACACGUAAGCUGUAUGACAUCGUACAUGGUACCGGUGCGGCGUCCAUGCAACUUUGUAAACAAGUUCUACCUUUACUUAAGGAAACUGAAGAACCAGCAAGUGCGGUUGCAUCAGUGACACCCAGUUUCGCAUACAAAGCGGAGAGACAGGUUCCUAACCCAGUAGUGGUAAAGUUCUUUGACAAAUUGUCAAAUUAUUACCCGAAUAUCAAGUCGGUUAUAUACUACAAGGUGCUCAACAACAUCUCGAAGGUCUAUGCCACCAUGACAAUCGAUUUCUUCGUCAAGACUAUAUGCCCAAGCGAAUUCUAUUCAUGGAAUUAUGCUGAAAAGUCCAUCGCAGAUUUAGUACAACGUGGUCUAUGCCAUAUACGUCUGGAUUAUGCUAACGGUGUCUUGUAUUUCAAUGCAUCCAAGGGUACUGCGGACUCCAUAGCCGCUGUAAGGCACCAUCUUACCAAUCUAGGUCGCAAUCUUUACUACGCCAUGCGCGUAGUCGACCCCGAGCAAUCUAAGCGUUCUGAGGAUCGACACCUGCAACUAGUCUCUAUAAAGAACAAUAUCGAGAAGGAGCGCGCCAAGCUCAUGAAACGUACGAGUGAGAUCUAUCAACGUAGACAGGAGCACCAAGAGGAGAUGAUGCGUGCAGAAGAGGAGCGCAAGAGGCAGGAGAUUGAGCAGAAGCUGCUUGAGGAGCGUGUUGAGAAAGAGCGUCGUGAAUCAACAGCGCUAUUUGAUGUGACAAAGCACGUCUCCAAUAACCAACGAAAGAAGGACGAAAAGAUGAGGAUGAAGAUGGAGACUGCGCAACAAAUGUUGGAAGCAAUUCGUAAACUUGGUGGCAACCAGGGUGCUAAGAUUGUUAUUAAGGGCAAAACCCUUGAUGAGAUCAAUGUGGAUGAUGUGAUGGAUGGUUUCGUAGAUUUCGACGAUGUUGAGAAGGCACAAGAAGAGCUUAAGUUACGUGAGAGGCAAGAGAUCGCAAAACAACGCAGAGCGGAAGUCAAACGAUUAGAUCAUUUCGUCCGUGCUUUGCGAGAACACCAGCAGGAGCUGUAUGCCGACUGGCAGAAGCGCGUCCUUGAGGAGGACACUAAGAAGCUGUUGGAUAUUCAGCAGAAGCGUGAAGCUACUUGGAAAGAGGAUACCGAAGCUAUGCGUAUCCAGAAGAAUGCACUCAUAGAGGUUAUUGCUGAUAAGGAGAAGUGGGUUAACGAUACUAUGGCUAAACGUCAAGAGGUAUACGAUGCCGCUAUUAAAGAGCAGCGUGCCCGUUUCCGUGAGAUAAUGGUGCGGGAUAAGAUACGUCGUGCUUGUGAGCGUCGUGAAUAUGAAACUCGCAAGCAGCGUGAAAUGGAGGAGGAGCGUAUCCGUGAAGAGGAGCGUUUACGUCGUGAGAUGGAGGAGCGUCGUAGGCGGGAGGAAGAAGCUGAGAGGCAACGUAAAUUAUCUGAGAUUGCUGAGAAGCAGCGUGCUAAGGAAUUGGAGAUUCAGCGUCGUCUGGAUGAGCAAGCUGCUAGGCAGACCCAGAGCGUGGCCGCCCCUGAGAUACGUCGUGCGGAAUCACGUCCUAAACCUCAGGUUCGUGAUGAGCCUGAGAUUUGGCGUUCAGAUAGUCGCCGUGCAGAUCCGUCUCCUCAACAGCCACCUUCUUUUGAUUCCGAAAAGACUCGGAAAUUCAAAGCUUUUUCCCAGCGACACCGAGAGCCAUCAACGAGGCAGACGGAGGACACCGAUUCAUGGCGGCGCUGA